UAUAUUCAUUUAUUUUUAUUUUGAUGGAAUAUAUUCAAAUUAUCAGCAUCCCUCAAUUUUAAAUACUCUAUAUAUACUCUUCUUGAGUACUCUAUUGCGCCAAACAAAGAUAUGAGGAUCUUCACAAAGCUAUCUGCACCACUCUGCCUCCUUUUUGUCUUCCUCUGUCUUAAAACUGCCUUCUCAUCCUCUAUACAUGCUUCUUCCUUCUCAACAACGCAUCUCUGCUCUCAUGAGGAGGCUCUUGCUUUGCUGCAAUUCAAGACAUCGUUCUCCAUCGAUUACACUGUUCCGUAUCCUCCUUUAUGUGGUUAUCCACCUAAUUAUUCUAAGAUUGAGUCAUGGAAGGAAGGUAUAGACUGUUGUUCCUGGGAUGGGGUUAGCUGUGAUAAUGUCACAGGCCAUGUAAUUGCCCUUGAUCUCAGUUGCAGUUUCCUUUAUGGCACCUUUCCUUCCAACAGCACUCUUUUCUUCCUCAGAAACCUGCAGAGCCUCAAUCUUGCCUUGAAUGAUUUUAGGCUUUCCAAGAUUCCACCAGAAAUCAGUCAGUUUACUAGACUAAAGCAUCUUGAUGUCUCUUUUUCUCGAUUUUCGGGCCAAGUUCCGGGAGAAAUUGCUCACCUCCCCAAGUUAGUUUCUCUCAACCUCUCUUGCAAUUCUUUUGACUUGAUCCUUGAAACAACUACCUUGAGAUAUCUUGUUCAAAAUUUGAGUGAGGUGAGAGAACUUGUGCUUAGUGGAGUGAACAUGACAUCUGUUAAUCCUCGUUUCUUCAUGAAUCUCUCUUCUUCAUUGACUACUCUUGAUCUUUUAUACACUCUGUUAAGAGGAAACUUUCCAAACAGUAUUUUCCGCUUUCCAAAUCUCAAAAAAUUUUAUUUAAGUGGAUCUUUUGGAGAGCGAAACCUCACUAUUGAUCUUCCAAGUUCCAAUUGGAGCAGUCCUCUCCAACAGUUGUAUUUAGGUUAUAUGGAUUGCGGAAGGCGAUUGCCAGAGUCUAUAGGAGAUCUAAAGUCAUUACAGUCUCUGAGUCUUUUUUACUGCAACUUAGAAGGUUCCAUUCCAACUUCCAUAGGGAACUUAUCUGAACUUACCUUUCUUGACCUUUCCAAUAAUCAGUUUUCUGGUCCCAUUCUAGCUUCCAUAGGUAACUUAAGGCAACUUACUGGCCUAGACCUCUCUUCUAGCAAUUUUAGCGGACAAAUCCCACCAUCACUUGCAAACCUCACCCAACUUACCUCUCUUGACCUUUCCUAUAAUCAGUUUUCUAGUCCCAUUCCAGCUUCCAUAGGUAGCUUAAGGCAACUUACUAUCCUAUACCUCUAUUCUAGCAAUCUUAGCGGACAAAUCCCACCAUCACUUGCAAACCUCACCCAACUUACCUCUCUUGACCUGUACAAUAAUCAGUUUUCUGGUCCCAUUCCAGCUUCCAUAGGUAACUUAGGGCAACUUACUAGCCUACACCUCUAUUCUAACAAUCUUAGCGGACAAAUCCCACCAUCACUUGCAAACCUCACCCAACUUACCUCUCUUGACCUGUACAAUAAUCAGUUUUCUGGUCCCAUUCCAGCGUCCAUAGUUUUCUGGUCCCAUUCCAGCUUCCAUAGGUAACUUAAGGCAACUUACUGGCCUAGACCUCUCUCAUAGCAAUCUUAGCGAACAAAUCCCAUCAUCACUU